UCAUAUUUACACUAGCCUCAGACGCGUCCCGCCGUACAAGUGGCUGUGGUGCGGGCGCCGCCGCAAGCGACACGCGCGCGGCACGCUGCGCUCGCGCUCAGACUCUACCGCGAACUCCGAUCUGCUCAGUUCUACUCAUGCUAGAAGAUCGCAUUCUGUGGCUACGGUCCUGAACCGCACGGGCAGCAGCAGCGUGCCCCGCGGCGGCGGCGGCGGCGCGGGCGCGGCGGGCGCGGCGCGGCGCUCGCAGCUGGUGGUGCUGGCGCCGCGCGCCUGA